UCCGGUGUCGUGUGGUUACUGCGGCGGAUGUUGAUGUUUUGUUUCGGAGCCUACCGAACGAUGUGAGCUGAAUCGUCUCCGGGACGAGGUUGAUAUUUUCUACGGUUGUCUUCGCGGUUCACUUUGUACUCUUUUCUCGGUAAGGUCUCGCUGUCCGUCGGCAUCGUGUCUUUCCCGGUGUCUCUCCCGGGAAGCGCGAGGCCGAGUCGUGCGAUGAUGGAGGACUUUGACGAGAUCUACGAAGAGGAGGAGGAAGAAGAGGAGGACGAGGACAGGGCCGCGGAGGAGCAGCUCCUUAAGUACGCUCCGGACCCGGUGGUGGUGCGAGGAUCCGGCCACGUCACUGUGUUUGGGCUUAGUAACAAAUUUGAAUCAGAAUUUCCUUCAGCACUUACAGGGAAGGUGGCACCAGAGGAAUUCAAAGCCAGUAUCAACCGUGUAAACAGCUGCCUGAGGAAGACGCUGCCAGUGAAUGUGCGGUGGCUCCUGUGUGGCUGCCUCUGCUGCUGUUGCACAUUGGGCUUUAGUUUGUGGCCUGUCAUCUGCCUCAGCAAGAGGACAAGAAGAUCUAUAGAGAAGCUCCUGGAGUGGGAGAACAGCAGACUUUACCACAAGUUGUGUUUGCAUUGGAGACUAAGCAAAAGGAAGUGUGAAACCAACAACAUGAUGGAAUAUGUAAUCCUAAUAGAGUUCCUACCUAAGAUCCCCAUCUUCAGACCGGACUAGCCUGACUUCAGCUGAUCUUAAACCACCACUGCUGCCCAGCACUGUCGCAGAACCACAAUGGCUGUCAAGCUCCUGAAUAAUUGCCCUUUCCCAAAAUACUACAAUAUUUUUGUUUACAGGGUAGCAUCGAUCUUUCCACUUUUCUCUUUGAACCGUUCUCCCACACAUACCUUAUCCUACACCCUUGUUUACAAAUCCAGCAUCCCCACUCCAGUGUUGGAUUGAAUUCACGAUUGAAACAUGACCUAUCAGGACCAGCUGGCGCGCUGUCAUGCCUCAUGAGCUGGCACCAGCCUAUGGGAUGUCAGGGCAGACCCAUGGGCAGUGUUACUGAUUUUGGGGCUAGAGCUGGAGACUGGACUCUCGAACUGAGCUCAAUGAGCUACAACUGGAAUUUUGUCACUUGUAUGUUCCCUAACCUAAGCACAUGGCACAGUCAGACCAUGAUAAAACAAACACUUUCAUAUCUUACCUACUGUCACACCGCCAACUUCACCUGCAAAAAAAAAAAAAAAGAAAACACCCCAGUGCUUUUGUAAGAGUUGGUUUGGUGCUCUAGAUCCCUACUAGAGGCUGUGGAUGCAAACGUGACAUGGAAUUCCAAAGGAACCUUCAUCCAAAUCAACUCUGUAGCGGACUGACUAGUCUCACGGGAACAUGUUGGGCCAGUGGCCAAAAACAGCUGAACUCUAAAACGUCACUCUUCUUACCGACUACCAGACAUUCUUAUCUUCUCACCUCCUUUCAUAUCUCUACACACUUACUGUGCAUCAUCCCUAACCCAGUGACAAUCACACACUUUGACUGUACUCUCCAUUAUAUGAAUGGGUCUUUAUGCUACACUGUUUACCUGGAACAAUUUGUUUUCACCAUUGUGUGUGUCCAGGUGAUGGGCCGGCUGCCUAGCAACUGCUUUCGAGUCGCAGUGGAACAAGUAAGCUGGAAAGAAGGCCACUGGUGAUGAUGAGAGGAAUACUUGGUUUCUUUAUAUUUUUUUAGUAUCUCAAGUUUUGUUUACUGUUUCGGUGAAAGAAUGGCAGUCAGUGCUUGCAGACCUGUUCACCAUGAUUAUGUGUGUGCAUGUGUGCGUGCGUGUGUCUGAGCAAGAGAAAUGUAAGCAAAAAAGACAAAUCAGAAGAAGAAGAAGAGAUACUCUUUACUCUGUAAAGCAGGGUUUUUUCUUUGAAGUAUUUCUUUGCCAUAACUGAUCUUUGUUACCUUUGUUGUAGUAAUUUAUAAUUGCGUGAGUGUGCAUAUAAUAUGUGCAUUCAUGAAAUAGGCCUCAGUUGUCUUUUUUUUUCUUCUUUUUUUUUUCCUCAAAGGUGUGCUAUGGUUGUUUCCUUUUUGUGUCUGUGGUCAUGUGUCAACACUAAAGCACACAGUCGCUUUGUCCUUAACAGCUUCACAUGGCCUCUCUUCCUGAUCUGCUGACCUUGGCUUACCUAUAUGAGUGUUCAAGUGAAGGAUGUGGCUCUUAUGAGAAAGUUCCUCUGUUUUAGUUAUAAUCUAACUCAUUAAUUCAGAGGCCUGGGGUGACCAAGAGUGCUACAUCCUAUCUAUUAGGUGUUGGGUAACACCAGCGUUCUGUAUCAUGGAGCAGGAUAAAUAAAGUUGGCUUCAUAACUGCACUGAAUAAAAUCAGACUACUCCCAGAUCAGA